UUUAAAUCACUUUGAACUGCCAAUAUGUACUUAAAAAGUGCUAUACAAAUUUGCUUUCCCUUGCCUUACCUACAAAGUGGGGGGGUCUGUCACAGACAUUUGCAGCCUAAUUUAAUGGCUCUCUGAGUGGAAGUCAUGUCUUUCUUCAGCAUACAUACCUUAAAUAAUAUGUUACCCUGCACAAAUUCUAAGUUGUCCAUCUUCCCCUUUCCUUCCUGGUCCAUAUAUGAUCACAUGGCCACCGCUGACCAGAUGUGACUUGGGUGGUGGGCAGUGGCGUAGUAGUUUGCGUCCGGCACGGGUGUGUUGCUGGUCUUGUUGGGUUAAGAGCAUCCAGAUACAGUUCUGUGAUCAGCGCGUGACCGCCAACUGUGUAUAGUCUGUAGUAGGUGUUAUAUUAUAUUAGCCCACUCCACAGUGAGUUAAAAUUGCAUUUACCAAAAACCAUUACCAUUUUAAAACAAAAUUUGAUCAAUAUUUUAGAAUGGUUUUUCGUGGACAUUCAGCAUUGCAACUUCUACUUGUGUGUAGACUUCUCACCAAUGAAACCUAGCAGUAUCGCUUUUAAAAGCAGCACUUUCAUCAACACUCAAAGUGCUUUGAUAUUGUUGUGUGCAUGUAUAUUUGAUAUUGGGUGUGCGUGUAUAUUUGCGAAAUGACGUCACUCGAGCGUGAGUUGGUUUGCCAAUCGUGGCGAGCGUAGUACGCGUGCGCAGUUGGUGGUGCCGCCGCCUUCCCUCGCAGUGUUGUUGUCUUUGUUAAGAGUUCAGCAAGCUGUUGGGACGAGCGAUAUUCGACGCUUUAGCGAACUCGCCACGGGAAAACGGCAACAAAUGCCGCCGGCAUUCGAAUAAAAACUCCAACGGUACAGCGGGAGAAUGUUCUGGAAAGGGUCAUGUGAUGCCAGGAGGCCGGUUAUGGCGCACUUUUGAAAAAAAAAAAAAAAAACAGACCGACGUACAUUUUCUGCUUCGUUAUUUCGGUUUCUGAAGGUCUAAAAUGGUUUAUUUGGUAGUUGGCGACCGGCUCCCGAGAGGACGUGUGCUGUUAAAAACAGUUUGGUCGGUCGCGUUCUCAGUCGUGGCCGUUUUUCUCCGCGCGAAAAGAAAGGCACACGGGAGCACGUGAAGGGGCCUCGACCAAUGGGAGCGCGAGCGCCGAGCCGAAGGGUAUAAAUAGCGGGACGGUCGGCGCGAGAGACGUCCGCCAUUGAAGACUUAGCUAGCGGUGAAAUUAGCACGUUAUUACAAAAACAAAAAGCCGUAAGCCAUUGUUUAUUUUUGAAAUUGAUUUCAAAACAUUUAUGUAAGUUUUUUUUUGUUUGUUUUUUUUAUCCGCGUAAAAAGUGAAGAUCCUUCUUUUGGCCGUCUUUCCAGCAGAGCUUCGCCACAGAGCGUCUGCCUCAGUGCGGCAGUUUAAACAUUCUUUGUUGUGCCAGAGGCGGAAAGUGGGACAAGCAGAGGAUGUGUAAUUGAGCGCUGAGGUGGCCAGACAUCGCUUCAGCAUCCCUCCUCUCUGCAAUUAUCGCUCUCUGGAGCAGCCAACACAAUGUCUAACACACUGGUCAUGAUGAAUGGCAACCCCCCUCCCCCCGAAUACAGGAACUCCAAAAAGCCAGGCCGGCUCACUAACCAGCUACAGUACCUGGAGAAGGUGGUGGUCAGAGCCCUCUGGAGGCAUCAGUUCUCCUGGCCUUUCAGGCAGCCUGUGGAUUCCGUUCAGCUCAACAUACCUGAUUAUUAUACAAUCAUUAAAAAUCCAAUGGAUUUAAACACCAUCAAAAAACGUCUCGAGAAUAAUUAUUAUUGGAAGUCAAUGGAGUGUAUUGGAGAUUUCAACACAAUGUUCACUAAUUGCUAUGUGUACAAUCGGCCAGGGGACGAUGUGGUUCUGAUGGCCCAGGCCCUUGAGAAGCUUUUCCUAGAGAAAGUGGCCGAGAUGCCGCAGGAUGAGUGCGAGAUCACCGCAGUAACCAACAAGGCACCACUGAAAGGAAGGAGGAGGUCCUCUGCAGCAGGACUGGUAAAAACGAGGCCGCAAUCCCCUGUGUCUGAGGUGGUCUUCCAACAAACCGUGACCGUUAUCCCUCCUGAGGCCCUGCACACCAUUCCCUCCACUCCCCUGUCUACACAGCUCCAAGCCAAAUUGAAAAAGGGCAUAAAGAGGAAAGCAGACACCACCACCCCUACCGCCUCCGCCGUAACCAGCAGCGAGUCCUCACCCUGCGUCACGGAACCAAAAGUCCUGAAGUUGCUCUCUCGGCGGGGUAGUGGGCGGCCCAUCAAACCGCCCCGCAAAGACCUGCUCGAGUCCCCCCAGCAGCACCAGGUGGGGCGGCGGACUAAGCUCUCAGAGAGGCUCAAGUACUCCAACGCCAUCCUGAAGGAGAUGUUUGCCAAGAGGCACGCCAUGUACGCCUGGCCCUUUUACAAGCCCGUGGAUGCUCAGGCGCUUGGUCUUCACGACUACCACGACAUCAUUCAUCAGCCCAUGGACCUGGGCACCAUCCGAAAAAAGAUGGACAACCGGGAAUACGCAGACGCUCUGCAGUUUGCCGCAGACGUUCGGCUAAUGUUCUCAAACUGUUAUAAAUACAACCCGCCCACCCACGAGGUUGUGACAAUGGCAAGAAAACUCCAGGAUGUCUUCGAGUCGCGCUUUGCCAAGAUCCCAGAUGAGCCCAGGGAUCCAGGCCAGGGCCAGCCCUCUGAACCUCGGACAAUGAAGGAGAGAGAGGGCAGCCCGUCCAGCUCAGAGAGCAGCAGCACGUGCUCCUCCAUGUCGGAAAGCUCGUCUGACACGGAUGAAGAGGACGAGGAGGAGCGUGCGACGCGUCUGGCUAAUCUAGAAGAGCAGCUGAAGGCAGUGCGGGAGCAGCUGCAGUUACUCACCCAAACGCCCCUCCUGAAACCCAAGAAGAAAGAGAAGUCCAGGAAGGAGAAGAGGAAAAAAGACAAGCAGAAAGGUGGCGAAACGAAUAAGACCGUGCCAUCAAAGGCGCAGAAGAGAGCCAGCAGUAAGCUGUCAGGGUGGAAGAAAGUGGGCAGGGAGCGCGAGUCCGACGGCGAAGGCCCCGCCCUGCCCAUGUGCUACGACGAGAAGCGACGCCUGAGCUUGGACAUCAACAAGCUUCCCGGAGACAAGCUGGGCCGAGUGGUGAGCAUCAUCACGGCCAGGGAGCCAAUGCCCAAGGACAUGGACCCCGAGGAGAUCGAGAUCGAUUUCGAGGCACUCAAGCCCUCCACACUGCGAGCCCUGGAGAGCUUCGUCACAACCUGCCUCAAGAAGAAGCCCAGAAAGCCUGAGCAAAAAAAGACACCGAAGGUCUCAAAAGCGGAGAAGAUGAAGGAGGCAGCCGAGCAGAUCAGCAGAAUAGAGCCGAGCUCAACCAAUAAGACCAAGGUGAAGGGUGAGGUCGUGGUGGCAGACACCAAGGAUUUGGCGCACCCUUCCCGCCUCAGUGCCAGCAGCAGCAGUGGUAGCAGCUCCUCAUCCAGCUCCGACCGCAGUAGUACUGACUCUAGCUCUUCUGAUAGCAGUGACUCUGACUCAGAGCACAAACCUAUGAAGAAGCAAAACAAAGCAUCUGGUCAUGGCAACAAAAUUCAAAACAAGACCGUCAAGCGGAAUCAGCCCCCCGGGUUGAAGGCGUUCUCCUCCCAGUACCGCCUCUCAUCCAGGCGGUCUCCCCUCACUACAGCGCCCAGAGACCUGUCUGCACCGACAGAGCCUGGCGCCAGGCUGCCCACUGUCCAAGCCCUAGCACCACUGCCAGCACCGGCCCUACACAGCCAGCUGCCCCCCCAGCCGUCCAGACCCAGUGCCAAAGCGGCCCCUCUUGUUCGCAAAACCCGGCCUGCCCCCUCUAAUCUCACUCCACCCCCAGAACACGCAUUGACUCCUCCCUCUCCCCCUCCCGCCCUCCACGCCUCAGCCACCUGCCCCUGUGCCCCACCACAACAUUCCCCAUGUACGGCCCACCCAUACCCAUCUGCUUCACCCGGUCAGCCCGAGAGAACAGGAAAUCCGUCCUGCACCCACGUUUCCCCGGCCUCCGUCACUCCAGACCCCACCCACCCCCUCUCAGAGGCGGUCCGGGUUGGCCACCUCUCCCCCCUCCCCCUAGGCCCCACCUGGCUCCUCCCACAGGAGCCAGAGGCCAGCCCCCUCUCCCCUGCUGGCCCAGAGAAGCCUCAGUUGAAGGCUCGGCGGGAAGCCUUUCCUGCUCUCCUUUCUCCUUUAACCUCUCCUCCUGGACCAACAUCUGCAAGCUCAGAAGCACCUGGGACAAGACAACAGCCUGGCACAAAGUGUGAGCCAUGUGCGGGGCUGUCCCCCUUACGGAGCAGUCCGCUGGCCUACAUGAGGGGGGAGGGGGGAGAACCCAGCCGAGUGGGACCGUCCUCAGCUCAGCUGCAUACGGUUCCUGGGACCAAACCUGCAGGAGGAAGUGAACUGUGCAAGUCGAGCCAAGACGUCAAACCCGGCGUGGCUAAAACGGACCUUGUACUGAAAAACGCAGACUCGUGGACGAGCCUGGGCAGGAUGGCCACUGUAGCCCCCUCAGCUCUCCGCUCUUCUAAGGAGAGUUUCCAGCAGUUCCGCAAGGUUGCCAUGGAGAAGGAGGAGCGGGAGAGGGCCCGUAAGCUCCAGCUGGAGGCAGACCGAGAGAGAAGCACCUCAGACAAGAGCGGCCUGACGCAGCAGCGCACCAACACCCCUCAGAUGGAAACUGAGUCGGCGGAACUUCCUCUGAUGGCAGCCAUCUUGGACCCCCCCAACGCUCCUGAGACCCAGCCCACUGUGACACAGAGCUCCAUGGACCGCGAGAGAGAGAUGGCGCGCAAGAGGGAACAGGAAAGGCGCAGGCGCGAAGCCAUGUCUGGAAUCAUCGACAUGACCAUGCAGAGUGACAUCAUGGCGACCUUUGAGAAGAACCUGGACUGACAUUUCUGUAAAAUAAUAAAACUUAAAAACAAACAUGCCACUGUUCAGUGAAUAGAGCAGUCUGGCUCCUCCCCCUGGAUUCCAGGAGACUAGGAGCAAAAUCCUACAAUAUAGUAACCUCGCUAUACUGGAGCGCAUUAUACUGAAGUGGAGCUUGUGAAAUAAAAGGACAGCGUAGUACAGUGUAAAAUGUACAUGGACGUUGGUGCACUAUGCAUCUUUUUGUUUGUGUGUGGGUGCGUGCGUGCUUUUUUUCCCUGGUACCUGCACUGAGUUGCUGCUUACUGUGAAGGGCAGUUAACAGACGACAGCAGUCACAUAUCACAUACUUUAGCUAAAUGUUUAGCCUCUGUCUUUACAUUCUGGAACUUUCUUUUCUUUUUGUACUGAACAUUUGUAGUUUUGCUUGUUCUCCAAUCAUAUGGCACAUUCCAUAUACUGAUUCAUCCAUAGCUGGUGUUGCACUCACUCUUGACAGUGAUGUAAUGGCUAUUUCUGUGCGGGGUCAGGCCCUGUUCCUGCUCUUAUUCAGUUCGUGCCCUGUUGUAAGUUACACAGAAAAAGUUCAUUUACUGAGUUAUUUUCCUAUUUAUCAAACAAGAUUUGUUUCCUGUAGUAGUGUCAAGUAAUAUAUAUAUAUAUGGAUGUAAUAUUUACAUUUGUUAAUCAUUAUAUUACUGUUAUAGUUAGACUGAUGUUAUAGUUUUGCCAGACGUCGAAUUUCAGUUAAUGAAGAUUAUUUUUGAUCGAAUAGCCUAUAACUCUUUAUUUUCUACUUAUUCUAUGAAGAACUGUGCCAUCAUGUUGUGACUCGCUAGGCACGUGGCAUGUGCCUAGCACGUUCUCCUGGUCAGUGUUGAUUCCAGGCCGCGAGCCUCCGUCCGUUCUGAUGACGUUCUGGUGCUCUGACUAUGUUUUAUUAUGACGGCUGUGUCCGUUCUCGAGCGAUUUUCCUUCUGCACAUGUUCAUCACGCGAGCACUUUACUCGGUGUCCCAGAAGAACCGGGGCAUCACACGUUACCGAGGGACACGUGCAUUAUUUCAGAAUCUGUCAUGGUUGCUCAACCUAUGAGCUAAAUCAAUAAAAAUGUAUUUUCAUUUAG